CUAUCUGUGUACGGUUGCUAGCUAAUGGUUAGCUAACUGAUAUCGAUGUAAGUGGAGCCCAUACGCUUUGUCGAAGAUGGAUUAUUUAAACUUCAGUUACGGAUGAAAACACCGGCAGCGAUAUACUCUUUUAUUCACCUAUUAAAUGAUGUGCGAAUAAGGCUCCACAGACUGCUUGAUGAGAGCAGAGGUGUUUGCUGUCAGUAGGUGUUGCAAAGGUUUUGGACACUCACAUGAGUUCCAGGGAGGCAGCCAAGAUGGGGGACAUCUUGGCAACUGAAGCUGAUCUUCUUGGGAUGAUUAAGGAGUACCUUAAGUUUGAAGAAUUUGAGGAGACGGUGCACAGUUUUGACAAGGAAUGCAAAAGCAAAGGCAAGCUCGUCCCAAAGCCUCAAGGAAGUACUUUCAGAGACUCAAAGACUCGUGGCAUUCAGAAAGACCUCCUGAGCUCUUUUGUUGAUGGAGACCACAAAGUGUUCUUUGAACUGUGGACGGAGAAUAUUCCCUCUGAGAUAAAAGACACUGACACCGAGGCCCAGAGCCUGGAGUUUUACCUUCACAUCCACUUCACCAUCUACCCGCUGAGGAGGCACCCUGGUAGACAUGACCGAGCUGAGUUUGAGGAAAGGAUUUCCCAUUUCAAACAGUACCUGGAGACCAGAGGAGCAGCACUGAGCCAGACCACAGAGUUUCUGCCUUAUUACGCCUUGCCUUUUGUUCCCAACCCCACUGUUCACCCCUCCUUCAGAGAUCUUUUCCAGGACUCUUGGAUUCCACAGUUGAAGGAUAAACUGGAGCGGUUUCUGUCAGUGACACUGAAGCCGUCCAACAACCCGAGGCUGCUGAAUUUAUAUAAGGAGGGAGGAAGGAGUACUAAAGAGGCCAUGCAGCAGCUACAGCUCCAACUGGCUGAAUCGGAGCGGCGCAUCACUAGCUACGUGCGUAAGUUCAACAAGAUGCAAGCUGACUACCACAACCUGAUUGGAAUCACUGCUGAGCUGGUCGACUCAUUGGAGGCCACAGUCAGCGGAAAAAUGAUCUCCCCUGAGUACCUGCAGAGUGUGUGCGUUCGCCUGUUCAGCAGCCAGAUGAGGCAGAGCGUGGUGCAGAGCACUGACUUCACCAGACCUGGAACUGGAUAUUACUCUAUGAGUCCCUAUGAUGAUGGCUAUGCCUCAUCGAUGCUCCGAGCAUCCAUUGCACCACAGAGAUCUAAAGAGGUGCCAAUGCUGCCCUCACUGGACUAUGAAAAGCUGAAGAAAGAUCUGGUUGAAGGCCCAGACAGACUCAGGUCCCUGCUGCUUCAGGCACUGCGCUGGAGACUGACUCGCUCUCUCCCCGGAGAACAAAGAGACACAGUGCUUCAGGCCUUUAUCAGUAACGAUCUGCUGGAGCGCUACAGCACAAAACAGAAAACGGUGCUCCAUUUAAUGAGAUCGAAGAACGAGAUUGUCCGUCAAUACAUGGCUCGUCUCAUCAAUGCAUUCGCCUCCCUUGCAGAGGGUCGGGUAUACCUCUCCCAUAUCCCCAUUCUACUGAAACUUCUGACAGAGGCACUCAGGACGGAGGAAAAAGACUCCCUGACCAGAGAGAAUGUGCUAGUAGCCCUACAGAAACUCAGCCUCAGGAGGAGCCAGCAGACUGCCAUGAUAGCAGACGAUCUGAUUGGCUGGUUGGUGGAUGAGCUGCAGGACUCAGACUGCCUGAGUGACUACACCCUGGAGUACUCUGCUGCUCUGCUCAUGAACCUGUGUCUGAGAACGAAAGGAAAAAGGAAGUGUGCAGAGAACGCCAAGCAUGUGCUAAAGGUUCUAACUGACCUCCUUGGACACGAGAACCACGAGAUUCGACCAUAUGUGAAUGGAGCCCUGUACAGUAUCCUGUGUAUUCCCUCUGUGAGACAGGAAGCCAAAGAGAUGAGUGUAGAGGAGAUUCUCCGCUGCUACAGCAAAGAGGAGAACCCAGACCUCAACAGACAGAUUGAGUUCAUCAUUAAACAGCUAAACUCAGCUGAUGAUGAGGGGCCAGAGUCAGACGACGAGGAAGAAGAGGAUGACAAUGAUGAAGACUUAAUGGAGACAGAACUUGAUAUAGAGGAAGUUCUCCAACCACAGCCCAGGGAACUGUCUGGGGAGAGUCUGCUCACCACGGAGUACCUGGGUAUUAUGACCAACAUGGCAAAAGUGAAAAGGAAGUCAACCCCUCUGCCUCAACCAAAUGUUGAUGAACCCCUACAACGGCCAGUCACCCCGAGUUCUCAUCGUAAUGUCACCGCUGUGGAUUAUCGAUCCGGCAGUCAGGGGGGUGAGGGCAGCAGGGACGGGGAAUACCCUCUGAGCAGACAGAAGAGCGAGGAAGGAAGCCUGCCUCCUUCUCGAUACAACUCCCGACCUCCCACACGCUCUGGCAGUCGCCCCAGCACUGCCGACUCCCUACGUCACAGUAUCGACUCAGAGUGCGGCCGGUUGUCCCAGGAGUCAGAGUUGGACGGGCCAUAUGAAGGACGAGCCAGAAAAGGACGUCCCCAGGAGGAACACAAUGGACACCCUGCCAGUGGUGAAUAUAUCCCUGCAUUUGCAAGCCAGCCUAAGAUUCCCCGUACACCUGACACAGCAGCCAGCCAGAACAGCAGUGCUCACCGGGCUCGAGGUCCGGCUCUGGCACCCCAGUUUUCCCAGUCGGAGCCGCAGCAGAGCAGCAGGCCAGGCUCUGCCAGCUCCACAGGAGGAGGGGGACGACAAAGUGGAAGCAGCCAGUCAAAGAGGAGGUGAAGAGGGAGCUGUCACCAUGGAGUAGCGCUAUCUCCCCGGGAGCAUCGCGCUUCCUGUAACAUCAUCCCCCCCAGAGUGUGAUCAGGGUCAGGGCAACAGAGAUGGUCAAGGAUCAGCAGCAGCAGGAGGAGGUGCUCGGAACAAUGCGGAGGAUUGUGGCACUGCAUUUUUUUUUCUCUCUCCCUUCAGGUUCAGCACAGACUUCUGUAACAUAAUAUGGAUGAUAAUCACAACCCCCAGCUGUCCGAACCUUGUGCACCUUGUAGCCUUAGUUGGCCCUGAAUUUCUCCACUCUCUCAUCAAGGUGAUAGUUGGCACACCUCAAUACGUGCAACAUCCUCCAGCCAUGACAAAAUUCCCGUGAAACAAGAUGUGGGUAUUCUAACUUGGAAGUACAACUACAAGUCGGGGCAGGUCAAGAGAAAAUAGUUGAUCAUCUUUCUAGUUUACUGGCACAGGUACAUUACUCUUCACAUCAGCAGGGAAUUGCUUGAGUCUAAACACCAGCUGAGGUGCUCAGACUGAAGCACAGCAUGGUUUUACCUGGUUUUAACUACAUGUAAAUCUUUCGUGUAAUUCAGUAAAUAUGAGGCACUGCCACAACUUUUGUCGUCUUUAAAUUGUACAGAUAUUUAUAAAAAGAGUAGUUCUCAUCUCUAUUCCACCGAUGCAUAACCUUCUGACUUUCACUACAUACUGUAUAUAUUGAUUUUUGACUGUGGUGGAAAAUAUCCGUCCAUAUGAAUAAAUAAUCGUACCGGCUUUACUUCAAAUAUAUGACAUGAUCUCUUAUCAGAGUAGCUGCUCUUGUUGUGCUCUAGGAAAUGUUUACAAUAAGACACAGGUCCCGACACAAGUUGUCAGGCUGGUGCAUGUUUUAUUAAAUAAAUACUGAGAACUGCUUGUUGCCGUUAACAUUCACUACUAUCCAUAAAACAUCUGACAGAAAAUAAAAACUUGAAUUGGUGUGAAUGUUUUAAAUCCAGCAUUGUUUGAAUUGUACAUUUGCACUGUUUUCCAGGUGGUGAUGUACAGCAUAUUUAUGGUAACUGCGACAUUUUCACUGGCAUGCAUUUUGAUAGUAAUUGAUUUUUGUACUUUUUAAGUGGUUGUAAAUAAAUGUGUGACAUGUCA